ACACCGCAUUUCUCAUUGUCACCGUGAGCGGAGCUGUAGCGCGCGCACGUCACGUGAAGCACCGAGUUAAAGUGUUCAGUCCUAGCACGUGAGCAGUUCAAAAUGUUAAACCCAACACGGUAACGCAGCCAUAUUCAUAUGCCCCUCCUUUAAAAGAAAGCUUUGAAUGGCUUUUUGUCUUUAAUUAGCCAUUUCCGCUGUAGCUAAACUUGCAGAGCUAGCCACUUGGCAGCCAUGCUUGGUGCUGUACGGUGUCUGGUGUCCAAGUUGGUUUCUCCCCUGUGGAGAGCCGCUCAUGUGGACGAAGAAGGCCUUUUCUCUGACGGCCCAGGAACCGAGGACAUUCGCCACCUGCGGGGCAGUGUGGUGACGCAGCUGUGUCUGGAUUACGGCCUGAUAGACGAUGCAGUCUUCUUCACAAGUGCUGAAGUCCUGGGUGGGGUACCACUAAAAGAGGGAGACAUGGUGAACUGUACAGCAGUGAGAGGUGUAGCUGAAGGUGGAUGGAAAGCUCUAAGGGUGGAGAAGAGCAAUGAUGUGUGGGAAGAUGGAGGAAGAAACUCUCUAGAAGAUGACAGUAUGCAGCUGCGACCUCUUAUAGGAACAGUGUCAUCAUUUGAUGGCAAUGGUGGUUACAUAAACCAGACCACAUACUUCCCACGCCACAGUCUUUCAGAGGGUUAUGAGCCAAUGAAAGGAGAUUGGGUCCAAGCAAAAUAUUUCAUCAACCCUACCCAGUGGACCACCCAAGCUCAGUCUGUAACCCCUUUGCGUUAUUGUCGUCAAAACCAGGUGCGUGUGACCAGCAUGUAUGGCAACAAUGGAGUGGUGGAGGACAGCGUUUUCUUCAGUUUGGACUCUUUACUGCUGCCGGCCAACUAUCGGCCUUCCCCAGGAGACCUGGUGAACCUGGUAAUGGUGGAGAGCGGUCAGUCUUUCUACAGUUGGAGGGCUCUGUGCAUGGCACCCUGCCUUCAGAGUUGCAGCGUGAAUAGUUCUCGUACACCUCUCCCAGAGUCUGAACUCAAGAACAUCUUGGAGAAUAAAGGAGGGCUGGAUGUGUCAGACUACGGCCAGUUUGGCGAUGUGAUGUUUGGGGAGAGACGGGAGAUGGUGCUCUGGAUACAAAACAAGGGUUCGGUGAACCAAAGGCUGAAGUCUUGUGAAUUUGCCGGCUGGGACUCUGAAGAACAGUUCGCUGUGGUUUCAGUCAAUAGCCCUACGUCCCACAGACCUCAGUCUUCAGGAGAGAGCUGCUCUGAAUCUUCUGAAAAGCAAGUUGGAGAUGAACAAGUUGGGGAGGACAACAAGAAUGGUGCAACUCCCAAAGUCUCGGUUCACUCCAGUGGUGUGAGAAGGGAGGAAAAAGAAGUGGACAUAUCUCCUGGACAGAGAGUGCCCAUUGCAGUAGCCUGCCAUGCAAAGAGCCUGGGAAGCUGUGCAGACCUGCUGCUGCUGCAUUUUGUUUCCUUCACCAUCGGGAGGCGCCUGGAGGUCACGGUUGGCAGUGAGGCGGAGAAGCUGCUGCAGCCCUCGCAGCCGUACAUACCCAGUGACAUCCGCCAUCUCUUAAAAACUCCCUCUCACGUGAUCACGGUGGCUGCUCCAGCAGAUGCACCAAGGCUCAGUAAACGGCGACUGCCUAAUUUCCUAGCAAACUUUCCAGUACCUCAUGCUCUGAGAGACUGUGUAGAGACACAGAAGGACGUGUUGGUUUUCCAGCCUUGCCUUGGAGAGGUGCUCACACCAUCCAACGUACAUUCACGAUUCUCAGCUCUUCUGUGGCUGGAAGAGCUGCACGCCGAGAGAGAAAUGAGGGAAUAUGCCAUCAGUGGAGCUCUUCUCAGGAAAGGAGCCAUGUACCUGCACCUGGAAGUGCUUGGAUUGGCCGAGGGAAGGCCAAACCUCAACAUAGGGGACAGAAUAGUUUUGAAGAAAUCACAGGGUGAUGGGCUUGUACUGGAGUAUGUCAGUCAUGUCGCAGAGAUCAAUAAUGAGGAGGUUAGUUUGAGAGUGAACUCAGACUUUCAGCGUAAUUACCUCGGUGAGCCACUUGAUGUUGAGUUCUCUUUCAACAGACUGACUAUCAGACGAUGUCACAAUGCACUUGUACAGACAAGACAUUUUGGAGACGUUCUCUUCCCUUCCACACUGACACCUCAGACCCCCCUGUGGACUGCUGAGUGGGAAGAGGAGGCAGACCAACAAAGAAGAGUGAAUGAAAAUGAGACGUCAGCUGCUGAAAAAGGAACAGGGUCAAACGAUUCCUCUGACAUGAAGUCAAAGGCUACACAGACUAAAGGCACAGCUGGUACACUGGCAUCCAAACCCGUCCCAAGCAAAGGGCAAUUUUUCAACCCCCACCUGAACCCCCGGCAAAGACAGGCCGUGAUGAGGAUCCUGGAAGGGGAAUGUCGACCGACUCCCUACAUACUGUUUGGACCUCCAGGCACCGGAAAGACCAUUACUCUUAUAGAGGUCAUACUGCAGGUCUAUCACUUCCUGCCUGGUAGUCGGGUGCUGGUGUGCACACCGUCCAACAGUGCUGCUGACCUCAUCUGCAUCCGCCUGCAUGCCAGCGGCUUCCUGGAUGCCGGGGGGUUGGCACGUGUCAAUGCAUCGUGCAGGGACAACGAGUCUAUCCCAGAAGUACUGCGACCAUAUUCAAAAGCUGGAGAGGACGUCCGGCAAGCUGCUUUUCACCGAAUCGUGGUCAGCACCUGCUCCAGUGCCGGCAUGUUCAGUAAUAUAGGAAUAAAAGUGGGACAUUUUACGCAUGUGUUUCUGGAUGAAGCUGGCCAAGCAACUGAGCCGGAGUCUCUGAUCCCCAUCAGCUUUGUCUCAGAAAGAGACGGACAGAUAGUGCUAGCUGGAGACCCCUGUCAGCUGGGUCCAGUGGUGAAGUCUAAGCUGGCUGCCACCUUUGGCCUGGGGGUGUCUUUGUUGGAGAGGCUGAUGGCAAACCCGCUUUACUGCAAGCAGGACUGGGGCUAUAACCCCAAAGUGGUGACUAAACUGAUCUACAACUACCGUUCUCAUGAGGCGCUGCUCACACUGCCUUCAAAGCUCUUCUACCAGGGGGAGCUGUGCUUCAAAGCUCAGAAGUCUAUUGUGGAGUCCCUCUGCCAGUGGAAAAACCUGCCAAAAAAAGGCUUCCCAGUCCUCUUUCAUGGUGUCAGGGGCAAAGAGAUGAGGGAAGGCAACAACCCAUCAUGGUUCAACCCAAUGGAAGCGGUGCAGGUCAUGCUGUACUGCUGCCAACUGUCAAAGAAACUCUACCACCCUGUUAAUGCCUCUGACAUCGGGAUUAUCGCCCCCUAUAGGAAACAAUGUGAGAAGAUUCGGAUGCUGCUCGGAAGGGUUGGCCUCUCCGACAUCAAAGUUGGCUCGGUGGAAGAGUUUCAAGGACAAGAGUUUCUGGUCAUCAUCUUGUCAACGGUGCGCUCCAAUGAAAUGAUGCAGAGCGAUGAUUUGCAGAGCUCGCUUGGCUUUCUGUCCAACCCGAAACGCUUCAAUGUGGCCAUCACUCGUCCCAAAGCUCUGCUUUUAAUGGUUGGAAACCCUCACAUUUUGAUCAGGGAUCAAUGCUUCAGGGCUUUGCUGCAAUACUGCUUCAUCAAUGGGGCGUAUGUGGGCUGUGACCCCCCGUCUUCCCUCAGACAUUCCCAGAUCGCUGCAGAUGAGCAAAAGAGUGCUUAAGAGUAUCUGGACCGACAGUGGGGAACAGCGAGCCCGUCGCCUCGUCAAUGUAAACAUUUGUUGUUGGCUUCUUCUUCAUUUCUUCUUCUCGUCGUGUUUCCUCAGCUUGUCUCUGCGUUGACUGUCAGAGUUGCAGCAGCUCCUAAUUGCUUAAUUUUUGUGAGAGGCAAAUACGCUUUCAAUGGGGUUCAGAAAUAAAGAUGACGCUUGUGUACGC